AUGGCUAGAACUAAACAAACUGCGCGUAAAAGUACUGGAGGUAAAGCUCCUCGGAAACAGAUCGCUACAAAGGCUGCUCGGAAGAGUGCUCCAGCAACUGGAGGUGUUAAGAAACCUCACCGUUACAGACCAGGUACGGUAGCUCUUCGUGAGAUUAGACGCUACCAAAAGAGCACCGAACUCCUUAUUCGUAGACUGCCUUUCCAGCGCUUAGUGCGUGAAAUCUCUCAAGAAUACAAGACUGACUUGCGUUUCCAGUCCACAGCUGUCAUGGCUAUUCAAGAAGCCACUGAAGCCUAUCUAGUUGGUCUUUUCGAAGAUUCCAACUUGUGUGCCAUUCACGCCAAACGCGUGACAAUCAUGCCCAAGGACAUGCAGUUGGCCCGUCGACUUCGUGGAGAGAGAGCUUGA